CCAAUGCAUUGAUUUUAUACUCUCGCGCUUUCGCAGUCUCCCACAAGAUCGACUAGGACUUAGACAUGAUUUCCACGAUGCUCAAAUCCUGAGAAGCCCGAGGCAACUGAACGCAGCCCGACGCGAAGUCGACGCAGCAACCAUGUCUAAAGCGAAGGCGCAGUCAUAUCAGAGUGGCCAGCAACUCUUAUCGACCACAUCCACCUCCUCUUCGAUCUCCUCCCUGUCAUUCUUCUGGGGUUUCCUACUCGGUCAAUUGACCCUCGCGGCGAUCCUGUUCGUCUUCAUCAAAUUCUUCAUAUUUGGAGAAGCGCCAUCUGCAGACGAACGAGCCUCAACGCGCGCUGCAGCUCGCAAACAACGAACGCUUUCGCAUUCUCGCCAACGCACACUGUCGGUCGCAUUGCGACCGCAGCCCAGUGUACCGGUUCUCAGGACGCGCAAUGAUGGCGGAUUGACCGUCCAAAAGAUUCUCGAAAAGACAUACUACAACGUGCGGGGACACCAACCAGAGAGCUUGGACUGGUUCAACGUCCUCAUCGCGCAGACUAUUGCGCAGCUGCGGGCUGAUGCUCUGGAGGAUGAAGCUGUGUUGACCAGCCUGACGACUCUUCUCAAUGGCUCGUCAAGACCCGACUUUCUAGACGAGAUCCGCGUCACCGAAAUCAGUUUGGGAGAUGAAUUUCCGAUCUUUAGCAAUUGCCGAGUGAUGCCUGUGGAUGAGAGCGGCAAUACAAUCAGAGAACUUACUGGGGCAAGAGGAGAGAGGUUACAAGCAAGAAUCGACGUGGAUCUAUCAGAUGUGCUGACGCUGGGAAUCGAGACUAAGCUCGUAUUGAACUAUCCAAAACCAUCUGUUGCGGUCCUCCCGGUCGCACUCGCCGUGUCUGUGGUCCGGUUUUCAGGCACGCUGAGUCUUUCUUUCUCGCCGUCUUCACAGGCUGCACCUGUUUCCUCUUCAUCUGGAGCGGUCUCUCCUGGCCAAGCCAGCACAAAUGACGAAAACCCUACGAGCGCCACAGGACAAUCGCCAACUACAUUGACAUUCACAUUUCUUGACGAUUAUCGGCUGGACCUGAGCGUACGAUCACUUAUUGGUUCGCGGGCGCGACUACAGGACGUGCCCAAGAUAGCGCAGUUGGUGGAGGCCAAAAUGCAUCAAUUUCUGGACGACCGCUGUGUCGAGCCAAGAUUUCAGCAGAUUGUCCUUCCUUCUUUAUGGCCGCGAAAGAAGAAUACUCGUGGUGGCGAUGAGGAGGCUAUCAUUGACGAGACAGUGGCAGGCUCCCAGGUUGAUGGCAGCACCAAAGAGCCUGCUCAUAUUUCAAACAAGGGCCCUUUACCCAUGGAGACACAGACUCCAACUAAAGCUUCCAUAGCUGGAAGUACAGCAGAGCAAAGGACCCGUGCUUGGGCGGCACAGCAUUCCGGCUCCACGAGCAAACGGAGGGAGGAAAAGAGCGAACUGGAGUUGGCCGGCGAUGCAAUGCGCGAAUUCGAGGAGAAGGCUCGAAAGAAGGAGCAACGGCAGGUAGACCGUAGCCGUGAUGAGAGCGGCCUUCGUAUGCGCGCCCAUGGUCAAUCUGAGAGAGGCGAUGGGCUUCGAAAUGCGCCGUGACCUGCAGCAAAUGUGGAUUUGGGCGAUGCUGGGGCGCACAAUUCCGCACAUAGAUACUUCAAACAUAUGACGUGAGACUCAAUCGAAGUCCAAGUCAAAGCUGUACAGUCUCGCUAUCUGCACACUUUGAUGACUCCAUGUGCGUCUGCCGCUCUCUGGGCAGUACUGUUUACAUGGCAGUGCUACACACAUCGCUGUGAAAAUGGGCAGCGUUAUGAUUAGUUUAAUGGUCCCC